AUGAGGAGCCUCUGGUGGUGGGGUGUGGCGGGGCUGGUGAGUCUCCUCCUUGGAGAAGCGGGAGGUAAAUUUCCGCCCUUGCCCGCAAUCACCAACAGGACCUUUAUCAAGCAAUACAUCGACAUCCACAACCGCUUCCGCAGCGGAGUCAGCCCCUCUGCCUCCAACAUGCUCUAUAUGACAUUUGAUCUAGCUUUAGCUAGAAUUGCUAGAGCAUGGGCAAAUAAAUGUGUUUGGAAACAUAAUCCUAUUCAAAGGUACCAUCCUGAUCGUAAGUUUAAGCCAACUGGAGAAAAUAUGUGGUUGGGAAGUGCCAGCCGAAAGCCAUUUAAUCCUGAGGGUCCAAUUAAAUCAUUUCACAAUGAGAUAAAAUACUACACUUUCGCUACCCAUAAGUGCACCAAAGUAUGUGGACAUUACACCCAGGUUGUUUGGGCUGCUUCAUACAAAGUUGGCUGUGCUAUUGUUUUCUGCCCUUACAUGGAUGGAAAGAAAAAAAAUAAUAACAUUCUUGUGUGUAAUUACGGUCCAGCGGGCAAUUAUGCAGGAGUACGCCCUUAUAAAGAGGGAAGACCAUGUAGUAACUGUCCAAAAGGAGACACUUGUAAAGACAAUCUCUGUAGAAAUCCUGAACGUGACAAAGAAAACAGCAAGCGUUAUUCACGAUGGUAUCCACCAUUUGAAAGCCGGAUUAUAUGUGAUCCAUCUUGCAUUGCUGUUGCAGUUUUAAGGCCAUUGUUAAUGUUUCUGGCAUUUGCAGUUGUUUAUUACUUACAAAUCCAGUAUCCAAGUUUAAGUUUUUCGAAAUAA